UAUUUAUCAGAGCAAUCGUAAUACUGAUGUGGACUGUUUGAUAACACUAUAUAUGUAAGGUGCUGGUGGCCUAUUUAAACUCAAGAGCAUUUGGAAUCGUAAUAACUAAGAGUUGGACGAAAACUUUGUCAGUCUUAUUGUGCUUGAAAAUCAGAAAAAGAAAAGGUAAUGGAGUUACUGGGACAUUUUUGGUGGUGGCCGAUGGUGUUAGUUUUGGUUCAUUUUGGUAUGAAUGGGUGCUUUGGUUGCUGGGAGCAAGAGAGAAUUGCUCUCUUGCAAUACAAAGCUUCCACCAUCAACUAUGCUAAUGGAUAUUAUUUUACAUCUUGGGACUCAAGCAACAAAGAGAGUGAUUGCUGUGAGUGGGAAGGUGUCAAGUGCAACAUCACUAUUGGGCGUGUAAUCCAACUUACUCUUAAUUGGACGGUGUCUUGGAGUGAAGAAAGUGGGGGAGGCUGGUACUUUAAUGCCUCUCUGUUUCUUCCCUUUGAAGACCUCCAAUAUCUCGAUUUGAGUUCUAAUUCAAUUUCUGGAUGGAUCCCAAAUGAAGGUUUUGAAAGAUUCUUUGCAUUGAACAAGCUAGAGGUGCUUCACUUGGAUGAUAAUAAUUUUAAUAACAGCAUUCUUUCAUCCUUGAGUAAAAUUCCUUCCCUCAAGGAACUAUAUUUGGGGUCCAACAAUUUGAAUGGAUCAAUCCCCUUCCAAGGUUUUGAAAGCUUAUCUUUGUUGAGCAAACUGGAGGUACUUCACUUGGAUGCUAAUGAUUUCAAUAAUAGCAUUUUGUCAUCCCUUAGUGGUAUUGCUUCGCUCAAGGAACUAGAUUUGAGUUUCAACAAUUUGAAUGGAUCAAUCCACAUCCAAGAAUUCAAAGCAUUUAGCAACUUGGAGGAUCUUUACUUGAAUGGCAAUGAGAUCAAUGACUUCAGCACAACAAAAGAUUCAAACAUCUUAAGUAAGCUGCAACUCCUAGACUUGAGUCAAACCAAAAUCAGUGCACGAAUUAUUGAGUCAUUGGUUGCCUUCUCAUCGUUGAAGACAUUAUAUCUUGCAUAUAACAAUUUGGAAGGACCGUUCACUAAUAAAGGUUGGUGUGAACUUAAGAAUCUCCAAGAGAUAGACCUCAGUGGCAAUAAUUUUGAAGGGAUAUUGCCUUCGUGUAUGACGAACUUGACAUCACUUGAAAUAUUGGAUCUCUCCCACAAUCACUUGGAUGGGAACAUUGUCCAAUCCCAACUAUCAAGUUUGUCAUCACUUGAGUACCUUUCUUUCUCAAAUAACAAAUUCUUCAUUCCAUCCACAUUCUCCUUCCUUUUCAACCUCUCAAAUCUUAAGAUCCUAUUAAGUGAUGACAAUAUAUUAGCUUUGGAACCUGACUCUCUUACUUUGAUUCCAACCUUCCAAUUAAAGGUUUUUAGUUUCUCGAAUUGUUCAUUUAACAUGCACAAUAGCACACCCCCCAGAUUUCUUCAUUACCAAUAUGAUUUGCGAAUAAUUAAUCUCUCUCACAACAAGUUGGUUGGGCAGUUUCCUAACUGGUUGUUAGAGAACAAUACAAGAUUGGAGGUUUUUAUUGUAAAUAAUAACUCUUUCAAAGGGCCUUUCAUUAUGCCAUAUGAUAUUCGUCCCAACAUGUUGAGCAUAGAUAUUUCAGAUAAUUACUUACACGGUCCAAUUCCCACAAACCUUGGUUUCAUUUUUCCAAAUUUAGAAUUUUUAAAAAUGUCUAAAAAUGAAUUUCAAGGCAGUAUUCCUUCUUCUUUUGGGAAUUUAGUUUUCUUAGAGGCUCUACAGUUGUCUGAGAAUAAUUUCUCAGGAACACUACCAAUGGACUUCAUAACGGGUUGCUACCAGUUAGAAAUUCUUGUAUUAUCAAACAAUUUCUUUAGUGGCCAAAUAUUUCCUACAAAUUUUAAUUGGACUAAUCUAAGAAAUUUACAGUUGGACAACAAUCAGUUCUCAGGCACGCUUCCAACAUGGAUGGGGAACAUGUCAUUUUUAGAAGAUAUUGUUAUGGCCAAAAAUCAUUUUGAAGGUCCGAUUCCAAUAGAGUUAUGCAAACUCGUUGAUCUUAGAUUUCUUGACCUUUCUGACAACAACCUUUUUGGCUCUAUUCCAUCUUGCUUCAAUUCCACAAGUAUUAGUUUUUUUCAAUUAAAUAAAAAUUUCUUGAGCGGUCCAAUUCCAAGUUCUUUCCAAAACAACUCCAAUCUACUUACACUGAAUCUUCGAGAUAACCAUCUAACUGGCAACAUUCCCAAUUGGAUUGGCAACCUCUCAUCAUUGAAAAUUCUCCUCUUGAAAGCGAAUCAAUUAGGAGAUCAGAUUCCGAUUCAAUUAUGCCUUUUGCAGAACUUAAACAUUUUGGAUCUUUCCUACAAUAAUUUUUCAGGUCCGAUACCUCAAUGCUUAAGUAACAUUACUUUUGAUGCAUCUGUCCAGGAAAAUUCUUUGAAAGUUUUUUUCUUUUUUGGACCUUAUCCUAGGAGCCUAUCAUCAUAUUUGAACACAAAGUUAAAAAAUACGGAAGAUCCAAAUUAUGAAACAUUUGUGUUUGACACAUAUGUUAAUGUUGAUGAAGAAGUAGAGUUCGCCACAAAAAGUAAAACUUACUCCUACAAUGGUGACAUCCUCGACUACAUGUAUGGAAUUGACCUCUCGUGCAACAAUCUAGCAGGUAAUAUCCCACCGGAACUUGGUAGGAUAAGUAACAACAUUCGUGUGUUGAACUUGUCACACAACAAUCUAUCAGGACCAAUCCCUAUAACAUUCUCAAAUCUAAAGGAGAUAGAAAGUCUGGAUCUUUCCUACAACAAUUUGAAUGGUAAAAUUCCACCUCAGUUGACUAAAAUGACCUCUCUAGCGGUCUUUAGUGUGGCACACAACAACUUAUCAGGUAGAACACCUGACCGAAAAAAUCAAUUCAUUACUUUUGAUGAAAGCAGUUAUGAGGGGAACCCUCUCUUGUGUGGACCUCCAUUACAUAAUGGUUGCACCAAAAUGAGACCACUAUCUAUAAUGCCAAUGGAUAUUGAGGGGGAAGAAGGAGAUAGUUUCAUGGACAUGGGUAUCUUCUACAUAAGCUUUGUGGUGGCUUACAUAACAGUCCUGCUGGAAAUGGUUGUAGUUCUCUACUUAAAACCAUACUGGCGUAGGGCUUGGUUUAAUUUCAUUGAAGAGUGUAUUGAUACAUAUUGCUGUUUUUGUGUGGUUCUUUACCGUAAGUUGUUCAAUCUUAAGCUUGCAUAGCUACUGUUUUGUUGUGGUUCA